GUUAAUCAACAUUAUAUUUUAUUUUUGGGUUUACAAUCAAAAUGUUUUGCAUUUUAAAUAUAAAUUUCAACAUUAUUACAAAUUAUCUUAAACCACAUAUCAAGAUUAUAGAGGUAUUUUGACAUUAAUUAUGAUUGGGUUCAAGAAAGUAAAAAGAAGGUUUUCUUUGGCUUUCAAUAAAAAGCUUAAUAAUAAUACAUCACCAAAUUAUUUAAAAAGCUUGAGCGAAGAAGAUCCUAUAUCAAUUAUGACAUUUUCUAAAAAUUCUUUAAAUAAUGAUAUUAAUAAUAAUAAAAUGACAAAUGGGGCAGAUGAAUCCAAACUUAAAAUAAAUGGAUAUUUUAAAAAGCGCCCAUUAUCAAUGGUAAAACUGUCUAAUAAUUAUGUAGCUGAUGAUGGGGUCAAAAUGGAUAUUGCCUAUAAUGGAACCCUUUCUGAUUCCUUUCAAAGUGCAUUAGAAUUAAAUGGUAAUUCUGAAAUUAUGAAUUGUGAUCAGAUAUGUGAUAAAAUAUGUUAUGUCUCAUCUUCAAAUUCUUCAAUUCCUCCUUGCUCCAAUGAUUCAAAUAUUAAUAGCACCUAUGAAACACACACUGAAUUAAAAAAUAACAUUCCUAAUGUUAAAUCCGUGAUUAAAAACAAAGAAUCUUCAUCGAAUUCAACGCCCAACUAUGUUUAUAACGUUAAAAAUAUCGACACACUAACGCUAAACGGCGUCAAACGCUGCUCUGAUAAAAUGAUUAAAAAAUUGACUUCUCAAGGCAGAUUUCGCAAAAAUAAUAACAAUAAUAAUAUAAAUAAUGCCCACUGCGCUUUACCUCCCACUAAUUCCACCUUUUGUGGCGAAUCCAAUUUUAACCACAUUAAAUCGUCCCAUUUUACCCUUAUCAAUAUUGAGGAAAAUCACAAACCGAGUUUAAACAAUGUUUAUUACGUCAAUGGAAUUAACGGGAACGUUAAUUAUAAAAGGAAAGAAUCCAACCGGAAAAAAUACAGCAAACAGUCGCAGACGGGCGGCAUGUAUAAUGGACAAAAUAUGGUUAUCAAUGGAGAAAAUUGCAAACUGACUGUUAAUGGUACAGAGGCCAAAGCUCUCUCACAAGAGGAGAUAAGCAAAAGACUUUCGCUACCUAUUGAUAUACACAUACCAGAAAGUUUUUUAACUAGAAAUUUUUCGCAACCGCUCCUAAACGGACCAUUAAGUCGAAAGGACAGGAGGGAUUCUCUUUACGAAAUUGGGUUCGGUCGUAGUGAUACUUACACCAAAUUGGACAAAGUCGGAGAGGGUACUUAUGCCACAGUUUAUAGGGGUCGAUCCAGGCUAACUGAUAGCUUCGUGGCCCUCAAGGAAAUAAGACUGGAGUACGAGGAAGGUGCUCCUUGUACAGCCAUAAGAGAAGUUUCCCUGCUAAAAAAUCUUAAGCACGCGAAUAUAGUGACUCUACACGAUAUAGUCCACACCAAGACAUCACUCACCUUAGUCUUCGAAUAUUUGGAACGCGAUUUGAAACAAUACAUGGAAGAUUGUGAUAACAUACUACAUUUCCAUAACGUCAAAUUAUUUUUGUUCCAAUUAUUCCGUGGUCUGGAAUUUUGUCACAGGAAACAAAUAUUGCAUAGAGAUCUCAAACCACAAAAUUUGCUCAUCAACAAAGUCGGUGAAUUAAAAUUGGCUGAUUUUGGUUUAGCUCGAGCAAAAUCAGUUCCCACGAAAACCUUUUCCAAUGAAGUUGUAACUUUAUGGUAUAGGCCCCCUGAAGUCUUAUUAGGCUCGACUGAAUAUUCGACACCCAUCGAUAUGUGGGGAGUUGGUUGUAUAUUCUAUGAAAUGGCAUGCGGUAAACCUCUCUUCCCCGGUUCCACUGUCGAAGACCAACUCAAAGUCAUAUGGCAAACACUGGGUCCUCCCGCUAACAAUACUUAUGACAAAAAUAAUAUUUUAUGUCAUAAAACCAAUCAAAAUCAUCACAUCUACAAUAAAAAUAUAGGCGAGAACCUAUACUUUGAUAAUCUUAGAUUGUUGGCUCCCCGGCUAGACAAAUCGGGUAUAGACCUGCUCUCUCGUUUACUAGAAUAUGACCCAAAGCUGAGGAUAUCAGCUAAGAUAGCUCUUAGGCACGAGUUCUUUAAAUCCUUACCAGAAAGGGUUCAUCACUUACCCGAUACCACGUCCAUAUUUACGGUUCCCAACAUUAAGCUUAUGAAGGAUCCUGGAUUUAGGCCAAUCAACGCUAAACAAAGACGCCAAAGUUUGUUAUGAAUUUCAGGUUGAUUAUAAAGUCAAGUUCGGGCCUUAAUGAACGUGGAAAAAAUAUAUUCUAAAUAUGCAUUUAAACACAAAAUAGUUCAUUACAAAUAAUAUGUAUUAUCACGCAAUCUUUAUUAAUAGAAAAUUUUACAUUUUUUACCAAUCAAUUAUAAUAUAAUUAUUAGGGUUAUUUUUUUUUACGAAUUAUCACCUAGACCCUCCGCAAUUAGUCUCCCCCUAAACCUUAAUACUACAUCUAUUAGUAAUGUUUUCCCGUUAUUAUUUAAUAUAAAAAUAUACAUAAUUAUUAGACAAUUUUUUUAAAAUUAUUUCAUAUAAUUACAUACAAUAAUAAUAGUUAUUAUAUUUUUUAUUUAUUUAAUCAUUAAUUUUAAAGAUUUCAUUACACGAUCUUUACACAAUUAUUUAUUUGGUGAGCAACUAUAAUACGCGAUGGUAAGCUUGUUUUAUGUGAUUUAUUUAUUAAUAUUAAAUAGAAUUUCGCCAAUUUAUUAUAACUGAAUUUUGAAUACCCGAGGAAUCCCCCUUGAUUUUAUACAAAUGAAUCUCAAUGUAAUCGAUUUUUUAAUGGUUAAAUUUUAAAAUAUAAUUAUUUAUUUUAUUUUUAUCAUAACCAAAAAUAAAACAAUUUUGUCACAAGCAGUAUGCGAUAUUAU